AUAGACAUCUGUGAUUUCGUUGCUCUACAAGCGGCUGUAAGUUUUAAAACUUUAAACACUCUGUGUUUAAUUUAAAACUAUACCGACUGUAUACAAUAAAUUUUUUAAAUUUUUUUCUCAAAAUAAUUAUCAUAAAAUAAGAGUUUUUAAUAAAAUUGAGUGGAAUAUUUUUGAAUAAAAUGGCAAAUCGAGCGUCUAAUAGUCCGAGUCAGUGUACAUGGACGCCAAAUGCUACGAGUCCUCAUAUUAGCCGCAAUGUAUUUAAUGACAGAAAAAAAGUACUGCCGAAUAUUUUAGAAUGCAUUGGCCAAACGCCCAUGGUAAAAUUAAAUAAAAUUCCAAAACUCUAUGGAAUUGAAUGCGAAAUUUACGUAAAAUGCGAAUUUUUGAAUCCCGGUGGAUCUGUAAAAGAUCGGAUCGGUUAUCGAAUGGUGCAAGAGGCUGAAGACAAGGGAUUAUUGAAACCUGGUUACACAAUAAUAGAGCCGACAAGUGGAAAUACUGGGAUUGGAUUGGCAAUGGCUGCUGCUGUCAGAGGAUAUCGUUGCAUUAUCGUGAUGCCGCAGAAAAUGUCUAAUGAAAAAUUAUUUACUUUGCAAGUUCUCGGGGCCGAAAUAAUACGAACACCCACUGAAGCAGCAUGGGAUAGUCCUGAAGGACACAUCAGCGUAGCUGAGAAACUUCAGAGAGAAAUACCCAACAGUAUAAUUUUGAACCAAUACAAUAAUCCUGGUAAUCCAUUGGCACAUUAUGAUCAAACAGGCCAAGAAAUUUGGGACCAAUGUGAAGGAAAAAUAGAUUAUUUAGUUGCUGGAGCUGGUACUGGUGGCACAAUUACAGGAAUAGGCCGAAAAUUACGCGAAUUAUCACCGGGAAUUAAAAUUGUCGCGGUCGAUCCUAUGGUCAGUAUUUUAGCUGAACCACCAGAACUUAAUGAAACCACCAAAACAUUUUAUGACGUCGAAGGUAUUGGUUACGAUUUCAUACCGACUGUUUUGGACCGUACAGUUAUUGACAAAUGGAUGAAAAGUGAAGAUACUGAGUCAUUUAAUAUGUCGAGAUUGUUAAUAAAAGAAGAAGGUCUGUUGUGCGGCGGAAGUAGUGGAUCUGCUGUUUACUUGGCAUUAAAACUGGCCAAAGAUUUGCCAAAAGACAAAAAAGUCGUAGUAGUUCUACCUGAUGGUAUUCGAAAUUACAUGACCAAAUUUGUAUCGGACAAUUGGAUGAUCGCACGUGGAUACAAGGCUCCACCAGCACCAGUAGGGAGUGAGCGUUGGUGGAACAAACCCUUGCCAGCUGACAAAAUUAUAAAACCAAAAACUUUAAGAGCAAAUACGACUUGUAGGGAAGCGUAUGAUAAAUUGAAAAAUGAAUCUGCUGGUUUUAUUUUAAUUGUUAACGACAAUGAUAAAGUAAUGGGUUACAUUACAAUGCAAUCAAUUAGAGCCGGGUUGAUGAACAGCUCAACUAAAUGGUCGGACACCAUUGAGAAGAUAAUUAACAAACAAUUUUACAAGAUACCCAAUAAUUCAAGUCUUGGACGCAUUUCAGUGGCACUGGAUAAAGAACUUUUUGUUGUAAUUGUCAAUGACAAUGAUAAUGGAGAAUUUCUUGGUAUUGUUACACAAGAAAAUAUUUUUGACAUUAUUAAUCAAUGAAAAUUUUAAAUUUUGUAUUUUUCAUGACUUUUUCUAAAUAUACAAAUUUUUUAAUUGUAA